AUGACAUUCAAGCCACCAUAUCAGGUGCACAUGGUCUUCAACACCCCAACUCUACAGAUGAUCUACCACCCACAGUAUCAGCAACUGAUUAAGUUCAAGUCUGACUUCAUGCUCUUCCAUGACAUAUUCAGCUGCAUGCUGGAUGUCCACCUAGACCCUGCCCACUCUGCACUGCUGCUGCAGCUGCUGGUGAUCCUCUGCCUGAGAGCCUUUCAGAAGAAUGUCUUCAGAAGCCUGGCUAACUGUAUCAUCCAGCAGCCACUCCAUUCCACUAGGCUUGAGAACACAGGCAAUGAUGAUAUAUCACUCACCCAUGCUGGUAUCUCACAAGUCUUUCAACAUUUCCACUUUCAGAAAGACAUCCAGUUCAUCACAGGCUCCAGAAUGAAAUACCAGCCAGAACUCACCAUCAUUAAGCUGGACAUGAUUGAUGAGCUGUCCCUGGCAGAUUGGGAGGCUGGUGGUCAAUCUUUGCCUCUGGAUGUGGCCCUUCUCUCAGUCCCCAGUAAUGUUGAUGCCUGGCUUGCCAUUGAACAAGGUCAACAUUCUGUUCCUACAGUAAUGUUCCCCAAUCCAGUAGUCUUUUUGCUGGCUAUUGAUGUGCAUUCCAGCAAGCUGAGCCACCAUCUUCAGGCUACUAUAGCUGAACAUCAUGUUCUGUACUCAUUUACAGAGAAAGAGAGCCAAUCUGCAAGCCAGCUGCAUACCAACCACAAGUAA